AUGAAGUGGGUGGUCGUAACGGCCGUUGUGUCGUUACUGGUUGUCCGGACGUUGAAAGAGCUGCUGGGGCGGCCUCAGAGUCGCCAAAGCAGCCAAGCUGGUGAGGGAGCCCUCCCACUGGUUGGGUUGGAUUCGGUGGGUGCCCGGGAAGAAGCCGGCGAAGCUGCUGCGGCCUCUGUGGUAGGGGAGAGACGGGAAGAAGAAGAAGAAGAAGAGGAGGAGGAGGAGGAGGAGGAGGAGGAGGAAGUGCCGGUGGUAAGUUCACCGAAGUAUCUCAACGUCGAAGGUGUUGUGAAUGCUAAGCGCUUGUCACUAUCACAGCCCGCCCCCAAAUGA